AUGUCUACAAAGCCCACAAAGAUGCCGUCGGCAACGAAGGAUUCGACGAUACUUAAAAUUGCAGUGGAGAUGCUCAAUCCUCCGGACAAAGUGCCGCAAUUAAUCGGGUUCGACCAAAGUCAGCCACUGUCGAGCAUAAUACAGGAACUAUGCGACCGGUGGAGCCUUCCGGACCCCGACAACUACGCUCUUCAAUUCUCCGAGAGCAACAAUCAAAACUAUAUAACUGAAAAGAAUAGGAAUGCGAUAAAAAAUGGGUCAGUUCUCCGUUUAGAACUAUCUCCAGCAAAAACAGUUCAAGAUAUUCUUUUCAAAAUCAACGGAGGUUCCGAACUUGAUCAAACAUCCGCACUGUGCAAGUUAUCUACUGCUAGCAGCGACUUAACAUUUGCUUGUGAAUUUAUCAACAAGAAGGGGCUUUCACUCAUAAUAAACAACAUAGAGUCGGGUAAAUUCAAAGGAAACUCUCUUAAAUACGCUCUGAUUACAUUUGUGGAACUCAUGGAUCAUGGAAUUAUAUCUUGGGAUAUAUUGGAGAAUCAGUUUAUACAUAAAGUUGCCAGUUUUGUAAGCAAUCAGUCGAGUCCAAAUCCAGAUCCUCAAAUAAUACAGUCGUGUCUUUCUAUACUCGAAAAUAUUGUGCUGAACAGCUCAGGAAAAAACUCUCAAGUUGAAAAGGAGAUUACAAUUCCAAACUUAGUGUCACAUUUGCACAACCUACAUCAAGACAGUAUUAUACAACAAAAUGCCAUUGCGCUCAUAAAUGCAAUAUUUUCUAAAGCUGAUAUGACUAAACGAAGGAUUAUAGCAGCAACAUUAGCAUCAAAGAACAUACGAACUAUUAUCUAUGAGAAUCUCAUAGGAGCAAGUGACAUUUCAAAGAAUGCUACUAAAGAUGCCCUGGGUACUGAGCUGGCACAUCAACUGUAUGUGUUACAAACGUUAAUGCUUGGUUUGCUUGAACCUAAGAUGAGGCAAAGAGCUGAUUCUCAAGAGCAGGAGUCACAGGAAAAAAUAAAAGAGCUCAGGAAAAUUGCAUUUGAAAAUGACAACAGCUUCAAUAUUGAAGUUACAACCAGAAGACAAUUAGGUAGUUUUUCAAAAGACUUUAAGAAACUGGGAUUCAAAUGUGAAAUUGAUCCUAUAAAAGAUUUCAAUGAGGUCCCACCUGGGGUCUUGGCUCUGGACUGUAUGCUUUAUUUUGCAAGGAAUUACCCAGAAGAAUACACCAAGAUCGUUUUGGAAAACAGUUGCAGAGCUGAUGAGCAUGAAUGUCCUUUUGGCAAGACAAGUGUUGAAUUAGUUAAGCAACUAAGUGAUAUACUACACAUUGGAGAGCCUCCUAGUGAGCAGGGCCAGACAUACCACCCAUUAUUCUUCACUCAUGAUCACCCCUUUGAAGAACUAUUUUGCAUUUGUAUUGUUGUAUUAAACAAAACUUGGAAAGAGAUGAGAGCAACCACAGAAGAUUUUGUAAAAGUAUCCAGUGUGGUGAGGGAACAAAUAAGCAGGGCUUUGGCAGCAUCACCUAAAGGAUUAGACAAGUUUAGACAGAGGAUAAAUCAGCUGUCUUAUGGAGAAAUCACGCAGAUCUGGCAACAGGAAAGGACAAACAGAGAGGUGUGGGAAUCUCACGCAAAGCCUAUAGUAGAAUUGAAAGAAAAGAUCACUCCAGAGAUUAUUGACUUGAUACAACAGCAAAGAUUGGGUGUGUUAGUUGGAGGAACAAGAUUUAAAAAGUACUCUGCAAGAGGUCAAAGGAUUAAGGACAAAUUCUGGUUUGUCAGACUUUCCCCUAACCACAAAGUAUUGCAUUAUGGUGACUGUGAUGAGAAAAGUACCCCAACUUUGGAAGAACUUGGAAACAAACUGGCAGUGACUGACGUCAAGUGCGUAGUUGUUGGCAAAGACUGCCCCCAUAUGAAGGAUUUGAGAGGAAGGAAGAUUAAUCCUCAAUUAGCUUUCUCUUUAAUCCUCAAAUCCGCCGAGAUGACAUCAUUAGACUUUGUUGCUCCUGAUGAACAAAUCUUUGACUACUGGACAGAUGGUAUCAAUGCUUUGCUAAAAGAAAAGAUGUCAAGCAAAUCUUACGAGAAUGAUCUUGAAACUUUGCUAUCCAUGGAUAUCAAGGUUCGAUUAUUGGAUGCAGAAGGCAUUGAUAUACCACAGGAUCCACCACAGAUACCAGAAGAACCAGAGGAUUAUGAUUUUUAUUAUGAUAAUAAUUAAUAGGUCAUAAGUGUAUGAAUUGUUGUACAUAUAAUCAAUGCUUAACUUUUAAGAGAAACAGCUAUUCACAAAGUAUAUGCAGAGGUUGAUAUAGUCAAUUGUAAUAGUGCAAUGAAAGAUGCUCCGUAAUUUUUUGAUACAAACAUUUCUCUAUUUUGAUUGUACCUAUUAUUUCCUAAUAAUCAAAUGUAAGGAUAUUCAUUAAUUAUUAUUAAGCACAAAGUAUUUACAAAGGUAUUUUAAAUUAGUGAUCAAGUAGUUAUAAUUUUGAAGUAAGUCUUUUAUUAUAAACUUACUUAGUUUUUAAUGUUGAAUUCCAUAUUUUUAAUGACUGAAUUCCAAUCUUCCAUAAA